GGAGGACUGCAAGCUAACGGGGAAAGAAAGGAUAAUAAGUCUAAGCAGGGUAACUUUGGGCUAAGACGCUAGUUAAUGCCUUGUAAAUAACUAAUUCUUUUAGCAUCCAUCAAGGUAGCAAGAACUUUCAUUUAGGGUAAUAGAUUUAUAUUCACGGCAGUGAAAUGCUGCUCGUGGAUUAUGGGUACAACUGCUAGUGCAGCGCCGCAGCCAGUUUCAGUAGCACCUCCUCACGAAAGUGUCCAUGGCAACGGGAUGGCGGACAACAGGCGAUCGCUAAGCAUGAACUCCUUUCAGACGGUCAGCAUUCACAACAACAAGGCCAAGUCUAUCAUCACCAAUAAAGUGGCUCCCGUAGUCAUCACGUAUAAUUGCAGGCAAGAAUUUCAGAUUCAUGAUGACCUACUUAGAACGAAUUACAAAGUUGGACGAAUUUCAGAUACGAUGCCUGAACACUACCUGGUUCAGGGGACGUAUUUUAUGGUUCAGGAUGUGUACAGUAAAGUGGACGUCCUAAACACUACAGGGAGUUAUGGAGCCCCCAACUUUCGGCAGGCCAAGGGAAACUACCCACUGUUUGGAAUGGGCCAGCCUAGCCUGAACGGCUUCAAACAGGUCCUCCAGAGACUGCAGAGCGAAGGCCAUGAGGAGGUUAUUUUCUUCUGUGUACGAGAGGAGCCGGUUGUGUUCCUACAUUUGGAGAAUGACUUUGUGCCAUACACCCCUCGAAAGAAGGAAAAUCUCCACGAAAACCUGCACCGGCUAGAGAAAGAAGUCACGGUUGAAGCCCUUGAGCUCACCAUCAGAAAGGAGCUGUAUGACUUUGCAAAACUGAAUGAGAACGUGUACUACGUCUACAAUGAUAUCGAGCACUUUAAAGAUGAGCCCCAACAUAUCACCAUCACCUGUGAAGAGGAUAUCCAUGUCACUGAAGAAGUUUACAAGAGGCCCCUUUUCACAAUGCCUUCGUACAGGUAUUACCGGUUGCCUCUGCCAGUGGAAGGGGCACCACUUGAAGAGGAGUUUGAUGCCUUUGUGAACAUACUCAGGGAAAGCCCGAACUUGUUGCUCACGCGGGAUGCAUCCAGGCCUCUGCCAGCUUUGGUGUUCAGCUGCCAGGUGGGAGUGGGCCGCACCAACCUGGCCAUGAUCCUCGGCACCCUGGUCAUGUACCACCUGAGGGGCGCGCCCGAAAAACCCACAGUGGAUGAGGCUGUGCCCUCCACGCCAAAACCACUCUUCCAGAUUAUCCAGACCUUAAUCAGCAGGCUGCCCAAAGGCCAGCAGGUCAUGGAGGAGGUCGACAGCGCUAUUGACCUGUGCUCGGAGAUGCACGACAUCAAGGAGGCCAUCUAUGAAAACAAGAAGAAGCUGGAGGGGAUCGGAGAGGAUUAUCAGAUUCAGGGAAGCAGCACCAAAGAAUACUUCCUCCAGAGGACAUUGCAGAGCCUGGAACGUUACUUUUACCUGAUAGCGUUCAAUGCAUACCUUCAUGACCAGUAUCAUCUUGCCUUUGCGUCCAACUUCAGACAGUGGAUGUGUGCUCACCCCUGGAUCUACAGACUACUGGCCUGCAUGAACCUCUCUGAGCUCUCUGCCCCUGCUGAUCUUGUCACUAAGGGAGCACGAGUAUUGGUGGCCAGUGAGUUCUUGGCUCCAGACGUCCUCAGUACUGUCAAGGAGAUGAAGGUGGCCAACUUCCGACGGGUUCCCAAGAUGCCUGUGUAUGGCAUGGCCCAGCCCACCUCAGAGGCUACAGGCGCGGUGCUGGCCUAUCUGACGGACGAGAAGAGGAAGCACUCCCACGUGCUGUGGGUGAACCUGCAGGAGGAGCUGGUGCUGGAGGGCAACGGGCAGGUGUUCACCCCCCGAGAGCCGUCCUGUCUGGAGCAGCACAUCCCCGUCCUGGCUGGCGACUCGCAGCAGAUCGAGAUGCUGGAGACCGCUGUCAAAGAGGAGAUCCUGAGAGCGCAGAAGUGGCUAGAGGUGACCCUGGAACAGGAGAAGCAGAUGAAGAUGUUCAAGACCUGCCUGACUGUGCAGGAGGUCUUCAACCAGCACAAGAGUACUCACGAGGGCCUGGUGUACAAACGCAUACCCUUGCCUGACUGCUGCGCUCCUAGGGAGGAGGACUUCGAUAAGCUGAUGGACAUGAUGAAGAGCUCUCUGGCAGAGGAUCCGUGCUCGGCCUUCGUCUUCAACUGUCACAAUGGCAAGGGCAGGACCACCACCGCCAUGGUCAUCGCCGCUCUCACCCUGUGGCACUUCAACGGUUUCCCCGAGUUUGCUGAUGAUGAGAUUGUGAGCGUUCCUGACGCCAAGUACACAAAGGGAGAAUUUGAGGUGGUGAUGCAGCUGGUCAGGCUGCUGCCUGACGGGCACCGGAUGAAAAGGGAGGUUGACAUGGCCCUGGACGCGGUCAGUGAGACCAUGACCCCCAUGCAUUACCACCUGAGAGAGAUCAUCAUCUGUACCUACAGACAGAUCAAAUCGGGCAAAACAGAGAAGGAGACGCAGAUGUUGCUGCUGAAGAGCCUGCAGUACCUAGAGCGAUAUAUGUAUCUCAUCCUCUUCAACACCUACCUACACCUGGAGAAGAAGGACUCCUGGCAACGAUCUUUCAGCGCGUGGAUGCACCAGGUGGCUGCCAGAGCUGGAGUUUAUAACAUCCUCAACCACCUGGGCUUCUCUGAGUUUGAAAACCCAAAGGACAAACCACUGGCUAGGCUACGCUGUCGCUGGCAACCACAGAACGUCCACUCGCUGCCUUUCAGAGGGGACUUCAUUUGAGAAAUGAUCACUGUGAACUGCCAAAAACCUUUGGCCUCACCUUCCAUCCCUACUUAAUUUUCUUACACCUUUUCUUUUUAAUCCCCAAAAUAACAUUUUUCUUCUUUUUAAAAUUGCAGUAUGAAAAAAAUGUUUUUAUUGCAGAUUGCCUGUCUUUUUUUGAAACCAUGCCUCGUUCCUUUACUAUUUAGCAAUGUAUAUGUCCUGCUCUGGCUCAUGGUAUUAAUGUUUUACUGUAAGAUAAGGAGUGAGUCCCAGCACACCUGCUUUUCUGUCCUCUACUUACACUGUUAGACUGUACAGUUUCACUAGUUGUAGAAGAGUAAAAUGUCACAUUAUAAUACAAUCACUGGACUGCCAUAGCAAGUUUUGAUGAUAGCUCUACAUAAUGGUGGGCCAUUUUGAGUUUUUAUUAGUUUAUAUGUUGACUCAGUGGAAAUUUAUGGUUUGAAUCAGUUUAAUCUGUUAUUUAGGAAAAAUGGUUUUGAUACAGCCUCGGUACACCUGCUCCUUCAUAGUACCUGGUUAAGCAUUGUUGUGUUCACCUAUGAACCUGAAAGGGCCCCCUUUCGGCCAUUCCUCUAUAUGCACACUCUGGUUAGAAAACGUCCUUACCAGAUAAGGCAUCUGUCCAUGGCAAAUGUAUCUACGUGAUAUUCACAGAAUUAUCUAAUCCAUCGUGACAUGCAUUCCCAUAUGCAGUCUGUUUAAUUUCUGGUGGAUUCUGGAUUGACACCACUGUCUUAUCUCUCAUUUCACCCCCUCUUUACCCUCUCUCUCCCCCUCUCUCCACCUCCCCCCCCCUC